AUGGAGAAAAGUGGGAACAUUCAGUUGGAGAUUCCUGAUUUCAGCAAUUCUGUUUUGAGCCAUCUUAACCAGCUUCGCAUGCAGGGCCGGCUGUGUGACAUUGUGGUUAAUGUGCAAGGCCAAGCCUUUAGGGCGCACAAGGUAGUGCUGGCUGCUAGCUCGCCUUAUUUUCGAGAUCAUAUGUCACUCAAUGAAAUGAGCACAGUCUCCAUCUCUGUUAUCAAGAAUCCCACCGUGUUUGAGCAGCUCCUUUCUUUUUGCUACACUGGGAGAAUAUGCCUCCAGCUUGCCGAUAUAAUAAGUUACCUGACAGCAGCUAGUUUUCUACAAAUGCAACAUAUUAUAGAUAAAUGUACACAAAUCCUGGAGGGAAUUCAUUUCAAAAUUAAUGUGGCUGAAGUUGAAAUGGAAUUAAGCCAAACAAGAACAAAGCAUCAAGAAAGGCCUCCAGAAUCUCAUCGAGCUUCCCCGUCUCUAAAUCGAUCUCUGAGUCCUCAUCAUAGCACUCCAAAAGGAAGUCGUAUGGGCCAGGUUAGCACAGUUCUGGACAUUCGGGAACUUAGUCCUCCUGAGGAGUCUACAAGUCCUCAAAUAAUUGAACAGAGCUCAGAUGUGGAAAGCCGGGAACCCAUACUGAGGAUUAAUAGGGCAGGUCAAUGGUAUGUAGAAACAGGAGUGGCAGACCAUGGUGGGCAGGGUGAUGAUGAUGUUAAAGUCCUUGGAGCAGUGCGAAUCAAGACAGAAAACUUGGAGGAGUGGCUGGGGACAGAGAAUCAGCCAUCUGGAGAAGAUGGGAGCAGUGCUGAGGAAGUCACUGCCAUGGUGAUUGAUACAACAGGCCAUGGAUCGGUGGGACAGGAAAAUUACAGUUUGGGCUCAUCAGGAACAAAAGUAGCCAGGCCAACCAGCACUGAAACAGACAGAUUUAGCCCUUCAGGUAGUGUGGUUACUGUAAAUGAUCGGUACAGGUCAAAAAGUGAAUCUCCAUGGCGGAUGGAUGAACCUAAGCAGCCCAGUUCCCAGGUGGAGGAGUCAGCUAUUGUUGGAGUAAGUGGCUAUGUGGAAUACCUCCGUGAACAGGAAGUAUCUGAGCGGUGGUUUCGUUACAACCCACGUCUGACUUGCAUCUACUGUGCCAAAUCCUUCAACCAGAAGGGUAGUCUGGACCGGCACAUGCGGCUUCAUAUGGGCAUCACACCUUUUGUUUGCCGGAUGUGUGGCAAAAAGUAUACCCGCAAGGAUCAGCUGGAGUAUCAUAUCCGGAAACAUACAGGCAACAAGCCUUUUCACUGCCAUGUCUGUGGGAAGAGCUUCCCCUUCCAGGCUAUCCUCAACCAGCACUUUCGUAAGAAUCACCCUGGCUGUAUGCCUCUGGAGGGAUCGCACAGCAUCUCUCCAGAGACCACUGUCACCUCCAGAGGGCAAGCUGAGGAAGAGUCUCCUCUUCAGGAAGAAGCUGGUCUGGCUGGGGAAACGGCACAGGGAUCUGUAUCGACUACUGGGCCAGAUUGAGGCCAGAAGCCCAGUGGAUCAGGGGAUCUUCUUUAGGAUAAGCAAACCCCACUGGGAUGGCGAGCUCCUGUAGUUGGUUGUGCAAUGUUGCCACGGGACGAAGACACUCCUGAGAGGUUGCCAAAACAAAAAAGAUACAGUACUGUAACAAAGUGCUUAUGGUUUCCCUUA